UCGUCAAAUGUUUUGUUUCCACGCCAUAUUUGUUAGCCGGCUAGCGCUCGCUCCAGAGGCGUCGGACGUGAGCUCGGCACAAUCCGAAAUCAUCGGUGCUUUCAUGAGGAGUAUCGACUCCAUAACAGCAUUUCCCCGUGCAUAUACGCGUCUGUGCUUGCUUAGUCAACGUUUUGGCCCGAAGGUCAACGCAGAAUUUGAAUAAAAACGAAUCGAUUGGGUCGUGUUCCCUUGAGAUCGUAGCAGGGGGCUUUCGCUGUUCGAGCGGAUUAUUUCUUCUCGCCACGUUCUUUUUUUAAUAACCCCCCCCAAAUCUCUCGCUAUAAGAUGGCGUGUGGAGCUACUCUGAAAAGGACUAUGGAUUUCGACCCUCUGCUGAACCAGGCGUCCCCGAAGAGGAGGAGGUGCGCGCCCCUGUCUCCGUCCAGCUCGAGCGCGUCCCCGCAGAAGUACCUGCGCAUGGAGCCCUCGCCCUUCGGCAGGGUGUCCUCCGCACUCACCACAGAGCAAAUCCUGAGCAACAUCAAGCAGGAGUACAAGCGCAUGCAGAAGCGGAGACACCUGGAGAGCAGCUUCCAGCAGAGCGAGUCCGUGUGUGGGCUCGAGUCCGGGCCGCACGCCUCCUCCAGCACAGGCGUGUCCUCCGGGGCCGUGUCCCCGUCCCGCCGCGAGCAGCCGCUGUUCACGCUGAAGCAGGUGGGCAUGAUCUGCGAGCGGCUGCUGAAGGAGCGCGAGGAGAAGGUGCGGGAAGAGUACGACGAGAUCCUCACCACCAAACUCGCAGAGCAGUACGAUGCGUUCGUGAAGUUCACCCAUGACCAGCUGAUGAGGCGGUUUGGAGAGCAGCCUGCCAGCUAUGUGUCCUGAGCGGGCCGUGCUGGGGCGUGGUGGUGCUCGUGUCCUGUGGUUGGUGCCGUGUCCAGUGGAUCUGUGCCUGCGUGAGCUCCUGACGCUCCUGACGGCUGGGUCUCCAGCAGUGCCAAUCGCAUCUUUCCCCCGCUGGGCUUCUGUCAGUGCGUAACCACUCUCUCUCUCUCACUCUCUCUCUCUCUCUCAGCAGCUGGAGUGCUUCCUGCCCGCUCCUCAACGCCCAUAUAUGGACCUGCUCAAUCAGUGGCUGUGUGUCUCUCCAUCUGAACCCUGGAUAUUUAUUAGGCUUCGACCAGGCCUUUUAUACAGUCACCUGUCAUUUCAUCCGCAACCUUUUUCCUCUGGUUUUGUAAAAUGCCUUUUAUUUACUGCAAAUGAUGAUAAAUGUGAGAGUGUGUGAGAAACUUUGGGACGGUGUGUCUUGGAGACUGCUGUUCAUAGCUUUGUGUAAAUACAUCCUGACGCUCAUCUGGAGUUUCCCUGUACAAAUCCAAUACUGCAUUUAUUUUGAUUAAAUCUGUUUUCAUGCUUUGUAUUUAUUUUAAUUUUUUUAUUUCCUGUUUUUUUUUUUGUUUUUGCCCCUUUCCUCUGCAUUAUGGUUUUACUGCCCCUGUAGUUCAAAUGACUUUAUGUUGAAAAAGUAUACACAAAUAAACUGUUUACAUAACUA